AUGUGGCCGAAAGAUAUUACAAAACACGACGAAUCCCAAGAAGUUUUAGAAGUAAAGGAGUGUACUCAAAUAUUUAGUGUUCAAGUAGAAAGCACAAUUUUAGAAAAAUAUUCGUCAUUUUCAAAAUUAUUGAGAAUUGUUUCGUUAUGUUUGCGUUUUAAAACGAACACUUUAAAAUGCAAAAAUCGGAUUAUAGGACCGAUCCAGGCGGACGAGCUGCGAACUACAUCGGUUCUAUUAAUAAAAAUAGUUCAAAAAAAUAAUUGGUCACAAGAAAUAAAGGAUUUGCAAAAAUAUAAUCAGGUCUCCGAGAAAAGCAAAUUAAAAUAUUUAAAACCGUUCAUAGAUGAUAAUGGCGUAAUUAGAGUAGGCGGUCGUUUAAAUAACGCCGCAUCGAUAAGCGUAUUUCAUCGGCACCCAAUGUUACUACCUGCUAAUAGUAAUUUAACGACUUUACUAUUCCGAUAUGAACACAUAAGAUUAUUGCAUGCGGGUCCACAGGCGAUUUUAUCAUCAUUGAGAGAACAAUAUUGGCCUAUUAAUGGCAGAAAUAUAGCAAGAAAAAUUGUUCAUCAAUGUAUUACGUGUUUUCGAUUAAAACCAACAAUAGUUCAACCAUUAAUGGGUAAUUUACCAAAAGAACGUGUAAAUCCGAGUCGCCCUUUUAAAAUAUGCGGCAUUGAUUAUGGUGGCCCCAUUAGUGUAAAAUCUAGCUUACAACGCAAAUCGCCUAUAACCAAAGGUUAUAUAUGUAUAUUUGUAUGUUUCGCAACGAAAGCAAUACAUAUAGAACUAGCUAGUGACUUAUCUACUGAGUGUUUUUUAAAUGCAUUGAGACGAUUUUGUAGUAGGCGCGGCGUAUGUUCAGACAUUUAUUCAGACAAUGCUACCAAUUUUGUGGGCGCAAAUCGUAAAUUACACGAACUCAAAAGGCUAUUUUUAUCGAAUACAUUAGAUCCCGAAAUUCAAAAGGUAACGACAGAACUCGGAAUACGUUGGCAUUUUAUCCCUCCAAGAUCUCCACAUUUUGGAGGUCUAUGGGAGGCAGCCAUCAAAUCAGUAAAGACUCACUUAAAUAAAUUAUUGGGAAGCGCUAUUUUAACCUAUGAAGAACUAAACACUGUACUCGUUCGAAUAGAAGCGUGCCUAAAUUCACGCCCAUUGACACCUUUGUCAUCUGAUCCCUCUGAUUUUUCCGUACUUACUCCCGGUCAUUUUCUGGUCGGAAGCUCUUUACUCGCUUUACCAGAACCUGAUUACACGACAACACCUCUAAAUAGGUUAACGAGGUGGAGAAGAGUGAGUCAUUUAAUGCAAGAGUUUUGGAAUCGUUGGUCAAAGGAUUAUUUGGUACAGUUACAACAGCGCAAUAAGUGGGAGAAAGAGCGAGGACCUAGACUGCGAAUUGGCACUAUAGUAAUUUUGCGUGAUGACAAUCUUCCCCCCCUGCGCUGGAAAAUAGGUCGAGUUGAAAAAGUACAUGUCGGCAGUGAUGGAGUCAUUCGCGUAGCGACAAUUUCAACUUCUAGCGGUCAAUUCAAGCGGGCAGUCCGAUUAUUAUGUCCUUUACCUUUCGAAGGCAAUCAUAAUUAA